AUGUGGUACAUUUUGUUAAUGAUUGUUGCUCUAACAAAACCAGCAGCCUCCAUAGUUUGCAAUAAAGAAACCAGCAAUGUGGAAAACGCUCUCAAACAACACUUGUUCUGCAAUGGAUACAAUCCAAAGAUACGGCCAGCUAAAAGUGAAUUCGAUAUGAUUAACAUAACUGUGCUUCCUGUUGUGUAUGAUUUUGAAGUGUACGUACACAGAAGCAUGAUGAGUCUAGUAAUGAAUUAUAGAUUGAUGUGGGAAGAUGCGUCAUUGCAAUGGAAUGCAUCCGACUGGUCAAACAUUACUUUGUUGCGUCCCAACUACGACGAAAUUUGGAUUCCAGAGUUUGAGCAUAUUAAUUCCGAUUACGAAGGAGACCCGUCACGGUCCUGCUCCAACCCGCACUGUGUGCUGACUCGAACGGGAAGAUUGAUAUGCGCGCCCAUUUGCAAAACAUCUGCCAAAUGUUCGCCAGACUAUACACGUUGGCCGUACACUACACUAACGUGUCACAUAUGGUUUGCAAAUCGCGAUAAAGAGCUCGUAGACGAAAUUAACUUUGUUUUUGAAAAAAAAUAUAUCGCUGCUAGUGAUGAUACUGAAUCAGCCAAGUGGUGUAUGAAAAUGUUUACAUCCAACCAAACAACACUGGACAUUCCGGGAGCUACCAAGCGCACUGUUUAUCUAUGGACAUUUGGUUUGCAGCAGACUCCUCAUGUUGAACUAGUUAUACUAUAUUUUCCCACUUUCGUUCUAGUUAUGCUGAAUAUGUUCAUCUGCUGGUUGCAUUCUACCGCGAGUGAGAAAAUGAAGACAACCUUGAUGUCUUUGGUAUGCCACUUCAUGCUGCUCGUGGAUAUGGUAAUUGUUUCCGCCAAUAUACCAAGCAUAGUGUUAUUCAUAAUGGAAUCGAUGGUAUUAACAACGCUAUUGUUUGUGAUCACACUUAUCCUGCGUUGGAUGCACGAUCUUCAUACAACUCCACCAAGAACUGUCAUACGAUGGACGAGAUCGCUGACAGGCAAUCGAAUGAUGGAAUGGUUUGUGCAGACAGAAUAUCUCAGCCUCGGAGACAAACCAACUGCCGUUACGAAUGAUACUGAGAUAAGGAACUGGCCAGCAAUUGUGAAAUUUGCCGAUCGUUGUGUAUUUGUAUUGUAUUUUUUUAUUUACUUGUGGCUUAUCUGCAUUCAUGUGCCCUUGCAGCAUGACAAAUACAAUUCAAGUGAUCCUGAUGGUCUUUGCUCGAAUUGA